AGGGCGGGAAGGGGCUCUCCUUGAAACCAGACAAAAAGAGGCUCUCGCCCGCGAGGAGGAGCGGAGGGCCUGGGAGCGCACUCCUUGGGGGGGCUGUCCGGGUGACCUGCCUAACCCAGCGGCUUGUUUCUCUCCCCGCCAGGUUGUCUAUCAAGUUCCCCUAAAGGAAAAUCAUGUCUUGAAGAGAAAUGUGGAUCAACAGCUAAGAAUUAAGAUUAUAUAUGACAGAAGUGUUGAGGAUUUGCUACCUGAGAAAAGACACCUUAUAAAGAACAAACUUUUUCCACAAGCUAUAUCUUAUUUGGAGAAGACAUUUCAAGUGCGCAAAUCCACGGGUACUAUAUUACUAAGCAGGCAGUGUGCAACAAACCAAUAUUUAAGGAGGAAAGCUGACCCUCACAGAUACUGCCGAGGAGCGUGCGCAGACCAUACAAGAUGUGGGCCGGUUAUAGUUCCUGAGAAACACCUCCAGCAAUGCAGGGUCUGCAAUGAGAAUGAAUGGCACUGCAGGACCACCGACUUACCUGACCAAGAAGGGGUUCGAGAUGCCGACUUUGUACUUUAUGUUAGUGCUCUCACUACUGAAAGGUGUGGCCAUGAAAAUAUCAUUGCAUAUGCAGCCUACUGCCAACUGGAAGCUGAAAUGGACAGGCCAAUAGCAGGAUAUGCUAACUUGUGUCCAAAUAUGAUUUCAACGCAAGCUCAGGAAUUCGUUGGCAUGUUGUCUACAGUGAAACAUGAGAUUAUCCAUGCACUGGGUUUCUCUGCUGGACUGUUUGCAUUUUAUCGUGAUGAUGAUGGAAAACCUUUGACAACAAGAUAUGCAGAUGGCCUCCCUCCUUUUAAUGAAAGUUUAGGUUUGUAUCAGUGGAGCAAUAAAGUCGUUCAUAAAGCAGUGAGGUUAUGGGACAUACGUGGUGGCAAAAUGCUGCGCCAUGCUGUUCAUCUUCUGGUAACACCUCGUGUAGUUGAAGAAGCUCGAAAACAUUUUAAUUGUCCAAUUCUAGAGGGAAUGGAGCUUGAAAAUCAAGGUGGCAUGGGUACUGAGCUCAAUCACUGGGAGAAGAGAUUGUUGGAGAAUGAAGCAAUGACUGGAUCCCAUACACAGAAUAGAGUCUUUUCCAGGAUCACCUUAGCGUUAAUGGAAGACACAGGCUGGUAUAAAGCAAACUACAGCAUGGCAGAGAAAUUAGAUUGGGGGCACAAUAAAGGCUGUGACUUUGUAAUGAAGAGCUGUAAAUUCUGGAUCGACCAAAGAAGGCAAAAGAGGCAAUUAAUCAGUCCAUACUGCGACACUUUGAGGAGUAAUCCUUUGCAGUUAACCUGCAGACAGGACCAAAGAGCAGUAGCAGUGUGCAACUUGCAGAAGUUUCCAAAGCAGUUACCUCAGGAAUAUCAGUAUUUUGAUAAUCUUACUGGAGUACCAGCAGAAGAAUUGCCUUAUUAUGGUGGCUCAGUGGAAAUUGCUGAUUAUUGUCCCUUUAGUCAAGAAUUCAGCUGGCAUUUAAGUGGUGAAUUUCAACGCAGCUCAGACUGUAGAAUAACUGAAAACCAACCAGAUCCUGCCAAAAACUAUGGUGCAGAGAAAUACGGACCAAACUCUGUAUGUCUUAUUCAGAAAUCUGCUUUUGUCAUGGAACAGUGCAGGAGGAAACUCAGUUACCCUGACUGGGGUAGUGGCUGUUAUCAAGUUUCUUGUUCUCCCCAAGGGCUGCAUGUUUGGGUCAAGGACACUGCGUACUUGUGCAGCCGUUCGGGUCAGGUAUUAACUGUGAGCAUUCAGAUGAAUGGCUGGAUGCAUGUUGGGAAUCUGAUUUGCCCAGCCUGUUCAGACUUCUGUGACUCCUGUCCCCCAGAGCGGGAUCCUCCAGCUUCUAACUUAACAAGAGCUGCACCAAUCGGGUUUGGCCGCACGAUUCCCAUGCCAGCUGGAGGAGGAACGCUGGUGUUGCCCCGCGGAGCCCCGAGCCCUCGGCUGAGACUGGACUGGGAGCUGGGGAAGCUGAGCAGGGAGCAGUGAUGCUGCAGCCGCCUGUUCUGGUACCCGAGCCACUUUGCUCACUCAAGUGGUGUCACACAGCCUGUUUCUCUACUUUUAUUUGCCGUGGGAAGAUGAGGAU